UAAUAGAAUAAAAAAUUAAGUAGUGUUCAGUGAAAAAUGGUCCUACAUUUUACUAAAACGUCUUGUGAAGGUGAGCAUCUGAGAAGAUUUUACACAUCGUCUUGGCAACAGAGUGAUUCGCCAUCAGCAAUGCUAGUAUUGCGGGCCUUGGAGUCUACUUUGGCACUGGGGAUACUGUUGUGGUCUUUGAUUGAAGCUGCGGUGCCCCAAUGGAUCGUCUACCUCACAACUUGGGGUAUAAUACUGGUUUUUGCCAUGGGGGCCAGCGGCCUAAUUGUAUCAAUAUGUGCACUGAAAAAGAAGUUACCGGAUGUAGGCAAGCCACCGUGGUACGUGAUGAUGUACUGGGUAUUUUAUAACAUAUCUGUUACUUUGGCUAUCCUUGUAACCAUGCUUUAUUGGAAGUUGCUAUCUAAAAAUGCUAGUAAAUUCAGCAUCCAUGAACGGUAUUUCUGGUUGGAAACUUCAUUACAUGGGUUUAAUGCUGUAAUAGUUCUGAUCGAGUUUUUUGCAUCUCGGACUCCAGUGCGUUUGGCGCACAUAUACCAGCCUCUUCUUCUGGGUGUCGUGUACGCUGUGUUUUCCAAAAUAUAUCAGGAGGCUGGGGGCACUGGCGCGUAUGGUGAGCCGUAUAUCUACAAGUUCCUGGACUGGAGCGAGCCGCGGAGCUCGUUCAUAAUGACAAUUGGAACUGCAAUAAUAACAAUCUUUUUAUACGUGACUCUGUGGGCAUUCGCUUUUGCCCGCGACAUGCUGAGUCGCGUAUGUUGCUCUACUAGACACCGGACAACCGAACACAGCAUACUAAUUUAACUAUCACCCGACAGAAAU